AUGAAGCUCAUUCGCCCGGACGAAGACAUUCCGAUCGUCCAAGUGAGCGUCGUCGCGGGCUGGGACCCAGUGUUGCACUUCAAGAUCGGCCAAGUGCUCUCUGUGCUCCGUGAUGAAAACAUUGCGAUCGUCGGAUCUGGCGCGACCUUCCACCCCAGCCGUAGCGUCGUCGAUAGCACACGCCGCGCGCGCAAGUUCAAUGCGGCGCUGACCGAAGCCGCUCUCGGAACGUCCGUAGAGGGCCGACGCGAGGCGCUCAAGCGCUGGGCAACACUGCCGCACGCACGCGACUGCCAUCAACGCGAAGAACACUUGAUCCCGCUCAUGGUAGUCGCGGGCGCCGGCGGAGCUGACAAAGGCAACGCGUUUGACGUGGAUGACGGCAUCUACACUUCGUUUGCGUGGCGUGGAUAG